UCUCUCUCUCUCUUCUAAGAAAUGUGACGCUCUCUGCACUAUCUCUCGCGUUCGUAGGGUUUCGUUUCGGGAAAUUCUCAUUUCCUUCAACAACGCCCCAGUAAUGACCGAACUGCAUUCUCAAGACAAUGCCGCGGUUGCGCCAAAAGCCGACGACCGAGUCGCUGCCGAUUCUCCUAGGGUUUCGCCGAACAACAACCCCGAGGACGCUUCGACGGAAGAGUUUAGGGUUAGGGUUUGCUCCGACGGUAACGCACAGGAAAAUGACUCCGACAAAUUUACCGGCUCCGAUAGUAAGUCUCUGUUAUCGGAAUUCGACGAGUACGUGGCUGCGGAGAGACACGUGUCGAGGGAUCUAGGGUUUGGUUUCGAGGUGGGUGACAUGGUGUGGGGGAAGGUGAAAUCUCACCCGUGGUGGCCCGGUCAUAUAUACAACGAAGCUUUUGCGUCUCCUUCGGUGCGUCGUUCCAAGCGCGAGGGCCAUUUCUUGGUGGCAUUCUUCGGCGACAGCAGCUACGGUUGGUUUGAGCCGGCGGAGCUUAUUCCGUUCGACGCGAAUUUCGCCGAGAAGUCGCAGCAGACGAAUUCCAGGACGUUUUUGAGGGCUGUGGAGGAGGCGGUUGAUGAGGCAUGUAGGAGGCGCGGUCUAGGGUUGGCUUGCAAGUGUAGAAAUGCUGCUAAUUUUAGGCCCACAAAUGUUGAAGGGUACUUUUGUGUUGAUGUGGAGGAUUAUGAGCCUGGAGGGUUGUAUUCUGAUCUUCAGAUUAGGAAGGCCAGGGAUAGUUUUAAACCGAGUGAGGCUCUUGCUUUUGUGAAGCAAUUGGCCGUUGCUCCACAUGAUAGUCGCGGUGGAAGCAUUGAAUUCAGUAACAAUAAGGCCACUCUUUCGGCUUAUCGGAAGGCGGUGUUUGAGCAGUUUGAUGAGACUUAUGCUCAGGCUUUUGGGGUGCAGCCAAUGCGCCCUACUCAUCCUCAGAGUAAGCCACUCGGUCAGCCUGGGAAUGUGAGGCACCCUCCUAGAGCUCCUUUGAGUGGGCCACUGGUGAUUGCAGACACUUCGGGUGGUGGGAAGAGCACUACUAAAUCUGUUAAAGUCAAGGAGGCUUUGAAAAAGGAUAGGUACCUUCUCAAGCGGAGAGAUUAUCCAAAUAACUCCGUCCAAUUAGCAUACAAGGAGGACAAAUCUGAUGCAGCAGCUCAUUAUGUAUUUCAGAAGAGGGCUCCAACUGUGCCUUUGACCCUUCAUAAUUUAGAAAAGGAAGCAGACACAGGAUUUACUAUUCAUGAAGGUGCAGCUUCAAUUUCAGAUGCUAAAGAAGCUUCAAUAGGUCAGGUUCAAGCAGAUGACUGUGGUCUUACAUCUCAUGCCAUCUCAGAUGCGAAGCCUUGUCUUGACAAGGGAAAGGAAUCUUCAGAAGAAGUGACCCAUAGAUUUGAACGGGAUGAUGCUUCAAGUAAAAGCAUGGUUAAUGAGAUGUCUCAACCAUCACAUCUGGAGAACCAAGUUUCUUUUGAUGCUAAACAUGAUGAGAAUGCAAAAGUCUCAGGACCAUGUGAAGAUUCUAAGCAGAUGGAACAGGGACCUCUGGUUAUUGCUGAUGGAGCAAAUGACAUGCAUCAAGUUAAGAACGAAAACAAUAUAUAUGGUUUUCCAGUUGAAGCAAAGCAUCACAAAAUUAGUGCAAUGAAGAAGAUAAAAAGUCACAAGAGACCUGCAGAUGCGUUGAACUCAAAGACUUCUGCUGUUGGGCAGGGAAAGAAGAAAAAGAAAAGGGAUUUAAAUUCACAACCUACUUUAGGCUCACUUGAGAAGCAUUCUACUUUUGGAAAAUCAACAGGAAAAGUUCUCUCAAGUGGGUUGGCUCCUGUAGGACAAGUGGAAGCGGAUGCUAAUGCCCAUAAUUUGCUGGCUACGGACACCAUAGAAAAUGCCAAUUUUGAAUUACCACAACUUUUGGGUGAUUUGCAAGCCCUGGCUCUGAAUCCGUAUCAUGGCAUUGAAAGAAAGAUCCCUGUAGCUGUUCAGCAGUUCUUUUUGCGAUUCAGGUCACUUGUUUACCAAAAAAGCUUGGUUGUAUCUCCUCCAACUGAUAAUGAAGCUCCUGAAGUUCGUGUCACUAAAUCUCCUAGUGUCAGGAUAUCCGACAAUCCUGAUGAGUAUGUCAGAUCAUCCCCAGUUGUAAAAUCUGUGAAACAUAUUGUUCGGACUGACGAUCCUACAAAAGCUGGGCGUAAAAGGGCCCCCUCUGAUCGGCAAGAGGAAAUUGCUGCAAAGAGGUUGAAGAAAAUCAAGGAUUUAAAGGCACUUGCUUCAGAAAAAGCAGCGACCAGUCAGAAAAUUUCUGAAGCCCGACGAGAAGAUGGAAAGGAAUCCGUUCCCCAGGCUCCAUCCAAGUUGAUGAAACUAGACACAACCAAGAAAGUAGAUUCUGCGACUAAGGCAGUUGAGCCCACUAUAUUGAUGAUCAAAUUUCCUCCCGAAACAUCUCUUCCAUCUAUUGCAGAGCUGAAGGCAAGGUUUGCUCGCUUUGGGCCUAUGGAUCAAUCAGGUUUCCGUGUAUUUUGGAACUCGUCAACUUGUCGGGUUGUUUUCUUGCAUAAGGCUGAUGCACAGGCUGCAUAUAAAUAUUCUCUUGCAAAUCAAUCCUUAUUUGGCAGUGUGGGUGUGAGGUGUUCCCUUCGGGAAUUUGGGGAUUCUGCACCUGAAGUCUCUGAAGUUGCCAAGGCUAAGGCAGAUGAUGGUGCCAAUGAAAUGCCUCGGGUCAAAGAUCCUGCCGUGGUUCAUCGCCAGACAUCAGUAUCAUUACAUCAACCUCUUCCACAGCCCAUCCAGCUCAAGUCCUGCCUGAAGAAAUCUACUGGUGAUGAGUCAGGUCAGGUCACGGGUAAUGGAAGUAGUAGUAAAGGAAACCCUCGUGUAAAAUUCUUGUUAGGUGGGGAAGAAAGUAGUAGGGGAGACCAAUUAAUGGUGGGUAGUAGAAACAACUACAACAAUGAUAGUUUUGCUGAUGCUGGUGCACCUCCUGUUGCAACGGAUUUUAAUAGUAAGAGUGUUCAAAAGGUCACUUUACAACCUUCGUUGCCUAUUCCUCCCCUUGCUACUCAGUUUACAAAAAUCCCACAACAUAAUUUGCGUAAUUCUGAAUUGGCAAUGGCACCCCGAAACAGUCCCAAUUUUAUUAACACCAAUGCAUCAGCUACUCCGCCCACAGUUGAUAUAUCACAGCAGAUGAUACACCUUUUGACGAGGUGCAGCGAUGUUGUAACUAACCUGACGGGUUUAUUAGGAUAUGUGCCUUACCAUCCACUAUGACAAAAAUAUUCGACAUUAAAUCAUAUAUAUAAGAAAAAUCAUUUAGUUGGAUAUUGUGGAUGGGCUUGCCCCCAGAAAUGCAAAAAAUACGAUUGUGAAAGGGGCGGGGUCAUGUAUGCGAGUGGUUGUAUGUGAUUUUUUGGUUACAUAAUAUAAAUGCAAUCGUAUUGUCAGUGGCACCUUAUAGCUUUUUCACUUCUAUUAAUAUACAUCACUUUCAGGGGUGGGAUAGGAGUUACUCGUUUGAUGUAUCAACGAUAAUGGCACAUGGAUGUUUACUUGUACUUCUGGACUAUCUGACCCUGUACAUGAGGCUUUGCAGUAUUAUUAUUGGACCUAGUAACCGCUAAUAUGUUUUGUUGUAAGAAUUAAGAAUGAGAACGAUAUUUAUGUGGUAGACUGAUAGGGUGAGCAUAGAGUUUAUUAAACUAUUUUCAAGUCAACUCAGUAUCUCUCAGUCUAAUAGUUGUAAGGCUUGUUAGUCUAAGUGUCAUUUUUUUGGAUUUUGUAUAAACAAUAUUUAUGAAAAAAUAUAUUCCCUAGUCAA